UGUUUAUUUUUACGUAAUUUAGGCUUCCAGCUCAUAAAACCCACGAAAACAGGAAUUCAAAAAAUUAGAAUACUGUGAAGAAAUCACCAUUUACUUCUCAGUUUUUGCAGGAAAAAAAAAGAAAGAAAUUAGGAUCACAUCAAAUCAAUCAAAAUAUGGUACUUUCAAAACGAUAUGUCAAUCUUCAAUACUUGGUUGGGAAUCCCUUUGCCUUAAUCACUGCCUCGAUGCCACGUGGCAUUGAAGCAAUCAGCCUGUGGCAUUGCCUGGGAGUUAUGGAAGCCCAGAUUUCCUUGAUGCUUGCUGUCAGCUCUUCUUUGUUGUUGGGUCUGGUGCCCCUCAUUUUCCUCUUGAGAAUACCCCAUAGAUUCUCAAUGGGGUUUAGGUCCGGUGAGUUGGCUGGCCAGUCAAGCACUGUGAUGGCAUGGGCAUCAAACCAGGUUUUGGUGCUUCUGGCGGUAUGGGCAGGGGCCAGGUCCUGCUGGAAGAUGAAAUCUGCAUCUCCAUACAGAUCCUCAGCAGAAGGAAUCAUGAAGUCCUCUAAAACAUGCUGGUAGACUGUUGCGGUGACCUUGGAUUUAAGAAAGCAGAGUUUACCAACACCUGCACCGGACAUUGCACCCCAAAUCAUGACGGACUGUGGAUAUUUCACACUGGACCUCAGGCAGAUUGGGUUCUGUUCCUCACCCGUCUUCCUCCAAACCCUUGGACCUUGAUUCCCAAAUGAAAGACACACUUCACAUCGGGAAAGAGGACCUUGGACCACUGGCCAACAGUCUAGUCCUUCUUCUCCUUGGCCCAGUGGAGACGCUUCCUACGUUGGCUCAGGUUCAGAAGUGGCUUGACCCGAGGAACCAGACAGUGGUAGCCCAUCUCCCGGAUGCGUCUGAAUGUGGUGGUUUUUGAAGCUGUGACUCCCGCCUCAAUCCACUCUUUCUGGAUCUCUGCCAGAUUCUUGAAUCUUCCGCUGAAGCCCACGGUCAUCUCUUUUGCUGGUGCAUCUUCUCCUGCCACAUUUUGCCCUUCCUCUAGACUUUCCAUUGAUAUGCUUGGAAACAGCACUUUGUGAACAACCAGCCUCCUUAGCUAUGAACUUUUGUGGCUUCCCCAUCCUAUGGAGGGUAUCAAUGAUGGUCUUCUGGCCAGUUGUCAUGUCUGCAGUCUUCCCCAUAUUGAACCCAACUGAGACAAUUGAACCAAACUGAAGCAAUUUAAUGACACCUGGGGAAGCCUGUGCAGGUGAUUUGACUUUAGUAGAUGAUUAGUGUGUGACACUCAGUUUAAAACAUUCAUGCCCUGCAAUAUUUGGGCUGAUUUCUUCACAGUAUUCAAAUUUUUUGAAUUCCUGUUUUUGUGGGUUUAAAGAGCUGGAAGCCCAAAUUAUGUAAAAAUAAACAAAUAGAUACUUGAAAUCGUUUAAAUUGUGGGCCCUGAAUCUAUAAUCUAUGAAAGUUUAACUUUUUGAAUGGAAUUAUGGAAAUUAAACAACUUUUCCAUGACUUUCUAAUUUUUUGGAAAGGGUCUGUAUAUAAGUUCAUUCUGUUCAGAAAAUAACAUUCAUUCAUAUGGUCUCAAAACCUUUUUACACACAGCGAGCGCAUAAGUUGUACAGUGUACAAUUCCGCGCCUAGUCCCGCCUACCUCUCGUGCUCACCAUCAUGGCGGACUUUCUGCGCCAUCGCGUACUAAACUCAUUUGAGGAACAUACUAUUUAUUUACAGUCCUUGGUUAAGAGGAUGUUGCCUUUUUGUAGCAUGGGACCGGAAGCUGCGCUUUCGGUGAGAAUUUCUAUUUCAGCAAAGUAAAAGUACGAGAAACUAUUAAAACGGGAGAGCGGUAGUUUCCGGGGGGAACAGGUGUGGUUUUACCCUGCAGAGACCGUCUUGCCCGACCCAAUAUGGAAGCGGCUAUGAAGCGACGCGGUACACUUAAUGCGCAUGCGUAAUACAAACGAGGGCGGGUCAGCCUUGGUAGAAGGAGGUGUUAGCGGAGUAUCUUGUCAAACUUACUAAACAAGUAUUUUACAAGUCACCGUGCCGCUUACCACAUUUCCAAGUCACUUCAGUUUAGAUUCUUGGGUGUACUUGUUUAUUCCUACAAAUAUAAGGCGACCAACUUGGACUAUGAAAGCUGUGGAACACCUGUGACACGCUUCCUUCAGGACGUCGUGUGAUUUUGGGCUUCAACAGCCUCUGACGGCUUAUUUAUAUAUUUAUUUGUUCUUGUUCGUAUAUGGGAAUUUGUCUGCUGUGGUCCAGAUGAAAUUGGAUUGUGGACAGUAGACCUGUUGCCUGGAGUCACUUUGAUCUGCAUGCCGGUGUGUGCGCUGGUUCUAGUUUAUAGAACCACGAGACCAAUGAGGGCGAACCAUCACAACAUGGCCAAGACUCCUUGGUCCAAAGGCACAGAGUGUGUGGCCACAUUCAACUUUAAAGGCUCAUUGGAGCACCACCUCCCUUUCAACCAAGGAGAUGUGUUGACUAUCGUGACAGCCACAGAGGAUCCACAUUGGUACAUAGCCAAAAAUGCGGCUGGACGUGAAGGGACGAUUCCCGCCAGCCGCGUGCAGAAAUAUGAACACGUGGAAGCUGCUGGCAAGCUGAAUCUCAUGCCGUGGUUUCACGGCAAAAUAUCACGGUUACAAGCUGAGCACUUGCUUUGCCCCCCAGAGAUGGGCCUCUUCCUGGUGCGAGAGAGCACCAACCAUCCAGGAGACUACACGCUGUGUUUGAGCACCAGUGACAAAGUGGAGCACUACCAUAUCAAAUACUUCAAAGGAAAGCUCACCAUCGAUGAGGAAGUCUACUUUGACAACCUCAUCCAGCUGGUUGAGCACUACAAGAACAAUGCUGAUGGUCUGUGCACCAGUCUAAACAAGCCAAAGUUGAAGCAAGAGACUGUAGCAGUCCAAGAUGAGUUUUUGAGGGGUGGCUGGGUGAUGAACAGAAAGCACCUCAAAUUACAGAAGGUCAUUGGAAGGGGAGAGUUUGGAGAGGUCAUGUUGGCUGACUACAAAGGGAACAAAGUAGCUGUGAAGUGCAUUAAAAACGACGCCACCGCACAGGCCUUCAUUGCAGAGGCUUCUGUCAUGAUGAAACUAUGUCACAAUAACUUGGUGAAGCUGCACGGAGUGAUCACAGAGGACGACGGCAGUUUAUUCAUCAUCACGGAAUACAUGACAAAGGGUACCUUGGUGGACUACCUACGUUCCAGAGGACGGACUGUACUCGGUGAAGUUGCUCUUCUUAAUUUUUCCCUAAAUGUGUGUGAGGCCAUGGUGUAUUUGGAGGCCAAUAACUUUGUCCACCGCGACCUUGCAGCCCGUAAUGUUCUUUUAUCAGAGGACCAUGUUGCCAAAGUCAGUGACUUUGGUUUGACCAAGAAGGCGUCUUCCGUUCAGGAUACUAACAAGCUACCUGUGAAGUGGACGUCACCAGAGGCCCUCAGAGAAAAGAAAUUCUCCACCAAAUCAGAUGUUUGGAGUUACGGUAUUUUGCUUUGGGAGAUUUACUCAUUUGGUCGAAUGCCUUACCCCAAAGUUCAAUUAAAAGAGGUGGGGCCUUUGCUGGAGAGGGGAUACCGGAUGCCUCCUCCAGAUGGAUGUCCUGCACCUGUCUAUGACAUAAUGACUGGAUGCUGGGACCUGGAUCCUGCUUGUCGCCCAACUUUUGAACAGUUGAAGGACGUGUAUGGCAGAGCUCUGUUGAAGAUAUUGGAAAUUUUUACUUUCCUGACUACACUUCAUGAACACAAGAUCAGCGCUGCUUGCUGAAUCCCCCAACUUUAA